AUGGGUCGGAAGUUUCUGUGCAUUCUGCUGAUCGCGAUUCUUGUCGCGGCCAGUUUCCACGUGUCUGAAUGCAAGAAGAAGAAGAAAAAGCGGACAGUAGCGACGGAACCAGCACUUGACGAAAGCGAAACCACCACAGUGGUAACCCGAUCUGCAACGAAAACGGCAGCAGCAGGCGAAACAGCGUCGCAGAAUGACGAACCAGCUGCGGACGCGGCAGCAGCCGACGAAGACGCAGACGCCGACGCGCCUUCGGAAACUAUUCCCCCGAGGAAGCCGGCAGCCACUAUAACGCCGGCUACUAAGGCGGCGGCUGCUACGGCGGCAGAUGCGGAGGAAGAUGCGGAAGUAGCGGAAGCCGCUUCGACAGCUGAUGCUGACGUGGCGACGAAGGGCGACGACGCCGAUGGCGACGCGGCUGAGGCUGACGCCGCCGCAGAUGCCGCCGAGCCGGACGCCGCGGAUGCCGCUGCGGAAGACGGCGCAGCGGCAAAGGCGGCGACAGGCAAGCCAGUCGCGGCGGACGACGAUGCCGCUGCAGCUGAUGCGGAAGGCACGGAAGAGGCGGAAGGCGCUGCGGCUGGUGGGACCACAGACGACGCGGCUGCGGGUGGUACUGCGACUGCAGCAGCGGCGGCGACGGCGGCGGCGGCGGAGAAGCCGAGUUCGGCUCCUGGGUCCGUGUCCGAUGCUGGCCCUCUUGCAUGGAAAUCCGCUAAUAUGUCGCGCGACGACAUUGAUCCCAAAGGCCCGUGUCGCCGCGACAUCAAGCUGCACUGCCAGGGCGUGGAGCCGGGCAACGCGGUGCUGUCGCUGUGCCUCACCUUCCACGUCAAGAAUGAGAAGUCGGGCAACGAGCUCGGGGGCCCCAAGGUAUCCAAGAAGUGCAAGAAGGACGUGCGCGCGUUCAGGGCGGAGAUGUACAAGGACCUCAGCAUGGACAAGGCAUUGGCAACGGCAUGCAAGGCGGACAUCACCAAGUUCUGUGAUGACGACUUCCUCUACCCCGAGCCCGGCAACGUCGUUGCCUGCCUCAGGGAGGUGAACCAGGUGGAGAAGCUGGCGGACGAGUGCCGGGCGGAGGUGCUGAGGGCGCAGCUGGAGGCGGCGGAGGAUUUCAAGAUGGACCCGCAGCUCAACCAGCUCUGCUCUGCCGAGGCUGACCGCCUCUGCAAGGGCGUCGAGCCGGGGGAAGGGCGCGUUCAGGAGUGCCUGAGAGAGCACCGAGCGCAGCUGGCGUGGGACUGUCAGGCGGAGCUGUUUCGGCAGGAGGUGGAGAACGCGGGGGACAUCCGCCUCAACGUGCGCCUCUUCCAGGCGUGCCUCAACGACCAGCGCCGCUUCUGUGCCGACGUCAAGUACGGCGAUGCGCGCGUCAAAGACUGCCUGGAGGACCACCGCCUCGACCCCGACUUCUCGCCCUCGUGCAAGACGGAGUUUGAGCAGAUGAUGGCGCGGCGCGCCACUGACUUCCGCCUCGACGCAAAUCUGCGCAAAUACUGCAAGGGGGACAUUGCAGAGAUCUGCUACCCAGACGCGGAGGACAUAUCGGACGUGGCGAAUUUCGAUGCCAAGGUGAUCGAGUGUCUGCAGGACUACCGGGAGGAGCUCAAGGACCCCAAGUGCAAGGCCGCCGUGCACCGCCUCACCGCCCGCGCUGCUGAGAGCAUCCGCUUUGAUCGGCCCCUGGCUGACGCCUGUCACGAGGACCGCACGACCAUCUGCCGGGAUGUGCCGGACGGCAUGGCGCAGGUGUUUCUGUGUCUGCAGGACAACAUGGGCAAGCUCAAGGAGUCGUGCCGCACCGCGCUCUUUGAACAGCUGGUGCGCAUGGCGGAGGACAUCGACUUCAAGUUCCCCAUGAAGCGCGCCUGCGCCUCGGAGCUGCAGAAGUUCUGCAAAGACAUCCCGCAUGGCCAUGCGGCGAGGGUGAAGUGUCUGCAGGAGAGCAUAGACAGUGCGGACAUGGGAGAGGAGUGCCGCAAGGAGGUCAAGCGCGACAUGGCCCGCUCAGCCGGAGACUACCGCCUCAACUACCGUCUGCACCGCGCCUGCCUGCCUGAGAUCCAGAAGCACUGCUCGCACGCGUGUGACGCCGCCAGCACCAACGGCUCCGUCACGUGUGCGGGCACCGUGGUCAAGUGCCUGCAGGAGAAUCAGGAUCAGAUCGAAUCCGAAUCCUGCAAGCAGGAGAUCACGUCGUUCAGCAUCCUCGAAGCAAAGGACCCGCUCUCUCUCGACGUGCCCCUGCAGGCGGCCUGCAAGGGCGACCUGCAGACGCUGUGCCCGGAUGUGGGGAGGGACCAUGGGAGGAGCUUGGCUUGCCUGAGGGCCAAGAGGGACCAGCUGAGUGCGGCGUGCAAGAAGGAGGAGAUGCGGUUCAGCGUGAUGGAGGCCUCGGAUAUUCGCAUCACCCCUAGCCUUAUGAAUGCCUGUGGGCAAGAGCUGCAGAGCUUCUGUCGUGACGUGCCGCCCAGGGGAGGGCGCGCGUUUAAGUGUCUGCAGCAGCACGUGAGCGACGUGGGCAUGGGUGCGGCCUGCCAGGGCGAGGUGAACCUGCAGGUGGCCCGCAAGGCCGCCAACUACCGCCUGGACGUGCGGCUCAGGGAGGAGUGCCAGGGCGACCUGAAGCAAUACUGUGAGGGCAAGGAUGCGGGCAAGGAGGGGCACGCCGUGGUGCUCAAAUGCAUGGUCGAGAAUUUCAAGAGCCUCGCGCCCUCGUGCCAGGGAGAGGUGUCCUAUGUGGUGCGCAUGGCACUCUUCCAGUACCACCGUGCGGCUUAUCUCACAUCGCCCUGUGACGACGCAGUGGACGGCAUCUGCCUGGCCCCUGGCGCCCCCAAGCCCAAGGAGAUCAACGGCGCUGUCAUCGGUGUGUUCGGGCAGUGCCUGCUGUCCGCACAGCCCGAUAAGCUAUCGGAGGGGUGCCGCGCGCUGGUGCAGGUGGCAGGGAAGGAGGGGGCGUAUGUGAAGGGCGGGCUGGACCAGGCGAAGCUGGAUGAGGCUCUGGCGAAACUGAAAGAGCUCCCUGCGGCAGCCGCAGCAGACGGGUCGACUGGCAAGUCUGGGCUGGUGAUUUCAGGCUGGCUGGCCUUCGCAGCUCUGGUGGCUGUCGUGGUUGUUGCUGUUGCGGCAGGCUUUGGCAUUUACCACAAGUAUUUCAGCCCCACUCGCAACUACACCUUGGUCGUCAAAUCAGCUCCCCCAGGCACCGUUUAG